GUGUGACUAAAGAAUUGGUGUGAAAACACUGUGUGUGAUAUUAACUCGAAACUAUUACAGGACGUUAUAUAUAGCCAAAACGCCAACUUGAAAAAUAACAUUUUUUGCAGUGGAAAAGUUUACAUAUACUGUAAUUGAUAUCAAGAAAACAAAAUGGAUGAUAUUGUAUUAAAAACAGAAACAUUGAUUGACGAACAUGAUGAAGAUGGAAAAGUUAUGUCAAACAUUGACAAUGAUAUGUAUAGUGAUAAGAGACAGUCACAGUCAAACAUAUUUAGUCAUGGCUCAACUGUUCAGGCAGGAAAUUUGACAACAAAUAACUGUAUGUGUGAUAUUGAUGUAGAAAAUGAGUUAGUAGUUGAUGAAGAUGAAAAAGCUGAAGUAAGAAGUGAAAGCCAAGCAACAAACACUGAUUCUUACUCAGACUUUGAAGCAUCAGGGUCAGUGCUCACUUCUGCUGUUGAAGCUAGCAAGCCCCUUAAUAAUGAAGAUAUUUGUCAGUCAGAUUUAUCUUCAGGACAAGAGCCUCCGUCUGUGGAAAAAGGGCCAAUAGCUGUGCCACCAGUGGAGAUAAUUUUAAAUGAGAAAAUUGCUAGUAUUAAUUCCUUCUCUGUGAACAAUGUAUCUAUUAAUUCAGAUAUUUCAGAUAAUACACUUAACAGUUAUGCUUUAAACAACCAACCAGGGUCAAUGGAUAUUGAGCAAGAUUUGGUGAAAAGCUAUUCAGAAAAUUCAAUCGAAAAGGUGACUGGUUCCAAUAGUUUGCUCAGUGCCUCAAACCAGUCUGUGAUUCCUUGCAUUUCACAACCAUUACUUAAUGAUACAAUAACAGUUCAACCAAUUCAUUGUAAGGAAACUUUUUCUGUUGUCAACAAGAGAAAAAUUGAUGAAGCUUAUCAUAUUUACUGUUGUCAGUCUCGAAUAUUGAAUUCUUCAGUAAAUGCUGCAUCGCAGAAAUUACAAGCAGCCGAUCUUAACAAUAGUGGCCACUCUUCAGAUAAAAAUAGAAAUAAAAGAAUCAAUGAUAUACAACAAAAUCCCUUUCCAGAAAACAGCGUUGAAACAAAAUGUAUAGGUAACUGGCAAAAAUUACAAGCAGUUGGUAUUGACGAUUGCAGCUGCUCUUCAUCUGGACUUACAUGUGAUAAAAAUAAAAAUGGAAGAAUAAAUGAUAUUCAACAAAGUCACUAUCCAGUAAAUGGCCUUAAAACUAAAUGUAUAGGUAAAUGGAAGAAGAAGAAGAAAGAAUCUCAUAUGAACUUUGAAGUGUAUGGAAGACAAAAAUUGAGUGAAAAGUUGAGGUAUACUUUUCAUCAAAUAAGAACAAUACUACCAAGUAAUGCCAACAAGAAUGGAUAUGACUGUAAAGAAUGUAACAAGACACUAGUCACUUACAAUUAUCAAAGGUUGCCGAUGUAUUGGUGUAAAGAAUGUCUUUUUAGCAGUGUGUGUGAUAAUGCAUUCAUGAUGCAUUACCAAUAUUCUAAAUUCCAUCAAAAGUCUUCAAAUGUUGUAAAGAAAACAGGAUUUCCAAGCAUAAAAGAAAAAAAACUGGAGUUCACAUUAGGAUGCAGAUGUAGAUUGUUUCUUACUAACAGUCCAAUGGAAAUGGCUGAUCACUUAGCCACAUGUGAUGCUGGAAAUCAAACAUGUUUGAUAAUUGAGGACUUGUAUUCUGUGGCUUGUUUUUUUAAUUAUGCUGUGAGUAAAAAUGCAGAAGAACUCAGUUCAUACACAAGGUUAAAUCCAAAGAUCAAAGAAAAAUGCAGUCUUGAUGUUGCAAAGAGAGUACUAAAACAACUUACUCCUAAAAUCUUGAGUAUACCUACAGAAGUUUCACUUUCACCUGCUGCAAUAGAUACUAAAAAGAGGAAUUUCGUGAGUAAUCACAGUAUCUCCAAAAGAAUUCAGAAUUCUGAAUCAGCAUCUAUACAGGUUGAAUCAGAAUUGCAUAAUGAAGAAAAAGUUUUACAGGUGUCUGAAACAGAUUCAGUUAUCGGUCCCUGCUCUAUAGCUAAGAAUGUAGCAGCAACCACACAAACAAACACAGCAUUAGGAUCUUCAAUGGUUGCAUCUCAAAUUGCUCAAAAAGCUGCAUCAACGUCAUUUCAAACUUUAGCAUCAAGAUUUUCUCUAGUUUCCAGUGGAGAAGGUCAGAGUUCAACUUCAACAUAUCAGAACUCAGCAGCUAACAUAUCACUUCCUUUCAUUAAUAAAGAUCAGAACAAGACAGCAAAUGUGACACUAUCUUCGUCCACUAUAUCACAGAAUAAUAGAGCUGCAGUAAUACUACUCCCAGGGAAAGGACCUCAAGGCCAAGAUUACUUACUUUUCCCCACUGUAACAACACCUAACACAACCAAUGAUGUAACCUCAAUACUGACACCUCCACCUAAGUCACAGACUUUUACAGUUCAGAAUACCGCUUUUGGAACAGUUUUUUCACCUCUGACUUCCUUAUCUCAUGAAAAAGUACCAACAAGUGUUCAGUCAGCACAAAAUAAAACUCAACAUACAGUUAAAAUGUUCAAGAAGUCUAAGACUAGUGCAUCAGAUUUUACUCCAUAUCCUUUUGCCAGGACUUCAGCUUCAGUUAAAAGAGUAUUUACAAUACCAGUAGUACCUACAAUGGGGCCAUCUACCAAACUUCCAAAUUUAGCUCCAACUGCUAAAAGGUAUACACCCUUACUUCAGAAUUCAGCUCCAAGUGUUUGUAGUGUCUGUACAGUGUAUCCUUCUACAAAAUCCCAAAAUUCAGCUUCAAAAGUAUCUUCAGCUAGUUUAUCUACUGAAACUCAGAAUUCAACUCUAUCUAAUGCUCAGAAUUCAACUCUAUCUAAUGCUCAGAAUUCAACUCAGUCUGAUGCUCAAAAUUCAACUCAAUCUGAUGCUCAAAAUUCAAAUCAGUUUGAUGCUCAGAAUUCAACUCAAGCAAAUACUCAGAAUUCAACUCAAAUUGUUACUCAGUAUUCAAAUCCAAGAGUAUCUACAGUGGAAAUGUCAUCAAUCAAAACAGAAAAGUUAUCUCCAAUAGUUUCUUCACAGCUUUCUUCUGCUGAUCCUGAGAAAUCAACUUUAAGAAAGUCUACUUUGGUUUCAUCGGCUGUUACUCAGAAUUUAUCUUGUAAAGUAUCCACUCUUCCAUUUUCAUCCAAAGAUCAGAAUACAGCUCAAAAUAUAUGCACAGUGAAAUCUCCUUCUAAAACAGAGAAGUCUCAAAGAAUAUCUACAGUGCAAUCUCGAGUUCAGAAAUGGGAUCCAAAAGUGAAUCAUCCUACUAAAACCUCUUGUAAAAUAUCUACAGUGAAAUCUCGUGCCAAAGUUCAGAAAUCAGGUCCAAUUAUAUGUACAGUGUAUCCUCCUACCAGAUACACAAAUUCAGCCCUCAGAGUCUCUACAAUUAGUUAUUCUACAAAACCUACAAUGUCUUGGGACACAGUACCAAUUAUUACACCAGUAUCAGUCGAAGUAGUUCAGGAUAUUGCAUCAACAAGGUCUGAGAGCUUAGCAUCAAGAAGGUUGGAGAGCACAGCAUCAACAAGGUCUGAGAGCACAUUAUCUACAAGGACUUCUGAAAGCAUAACAUCAACAAAAUGUGAGAGCAUAGCACCAACAGGGUAUGAGAGCACAGCAUCAACAAGGUCUGAGAGCACAGCAUCAACAAGGUCUGAGAGCACAGAAUCAUUAUGGUAUGAGAGCACAGCAUCAAUAAAGUCUGAAAGCACAGCACCAACAAGGACAGGGAGCACAGCAUCAACAUGGUCUGAGAGCAUAGCAUCAACAAGGUCUGAGAGCACAGCAUCAACAUGGUCUGAGAGCAUAGCAUCAACAAGGACAGAGAGCACAUCAACAAGGACAGAGAGCAUAGCAUCAACAAGGUCUGAUAGCUCAGCAUCAACAAGGUCUGAGAACACAUUGUCAACAGUGUCUGAGAGCAUAGCAUCAACAAGAACAGAGAGCAUACCAUCAAGAAGUUUUGAAAGCACAGCAUCAACAUCGUCACCAUUUCCAUUGGCAUUAUUCCCUAAUGUUGCUACAUCACAGAACAAAGGAAAUGGACAAAUUUCAAAUUGGAGAAACAAAUCUUUGAACACUGCAUCAAACUUUGCUCCAUAUCCUGUCAUUGUUUCUAAUAAUUCAACUUUCAGCAUUCCUACGGUUACUUCAACCACAGGACAGAAAAAAAUUAGAAAUCCACCUACAAAACAGAAAAUCACUGUAAAUCUUGCUGCAGCUGAUGGAAACGGAUUAGAUGCCUUUGGUGUACACCAUUUUACAAGUAAUGAUAGUAAUAUUAAAAGACUUAAACGAAAGAUUGAAGAGCAUGAUUGGAAGUUGGAUGAAAUACUCUGUACAAGGAAUAAAAGAAGGAAAGAGGCAUUAGAAAAAUGUUUUAAAAUAUCUGGCGAAGAAUUAAGUGACAAUUCCUUUUCUGAUUCUACUCAUUGUACUAAGAGUCAAGUAGAGGCUGAAAAAAUAUCUGUGUCUGCACAAGAUCAGAUGCAAAAAGUGGUUUCUGCUCAUCUUAUUUCCAAGGGAGAUUAUUGUGCAAAAACUUUUACAAGCACGAUAGAAAAAGAACUUUCCCAGUCUCAUGAUACUGAGGUUAAAGUUGAGCUACUGGAUACAGAAUAUUUCCAGACUGAAACUUGUCAGCCAGAAGUAGUAAUUGAGAAUGUUGAUGGCACAGAUUAUUGCCAGUUAUAUAACGAUAAUAAAGGGAAAUCCAUAUCACAUACUGAAUAUUGUUCAUCUAGUGAGGAGCAUUUGUUAGUACAAAGCAGGAUCAAAGAAGAAUGUGUUCCAAUUGAGAAAAGCUCUGCGAUAUUUGAAAAUAUUUCAAGGGAAAGUAGUAAACCCUUAAACACUUGUUCAGGAUUAAUUUAUUCAUCUGAAACAGAAUCUUGCCCAUCAGAUGAUGAUAUUUGCCAAUCAUGUUAUGAUAUUUGCCCAUCAGAUGAUGAUAUUUGCCAAUCGGAUAAUAAUAUUUGCCAAUCAGUUAAGGAUAUUUGCCAUUCAGACACCAUAGCAAAUGCUGACAGUACUUUACCUGUGAAAAAAAUUCCAUUUGGUAAGGGCUUCCAAGAAGUGAGGAGAAGUAAUACUGAGGUUCUAAAAGUAUCUUCCGAACAAAGCAGCAGUUUGGUAAAGAACCAAUUACUUCAGUUGAAUGAUGUGAAAGGAGUGUACAAGAUGCAGAUUUCUAAUGGUAGUGAAACAAGCGCUCAGCUGUCAGAUACAAAACAGCAGCAAUCAAUGCAGGAUAUUUAUGUAGUUAAAGUGAAACAAGAACCUUCAGAUGAGACUGAAAAAGAUGUCCAACAGAAGCUAGAACCAUUGAAUAUAACAGUAUCAACAGUGGUUCAAGUAAAAGAAGAAACUCCAAUGGAUACAGAUAAACAUGUACAACAGAUGUCCGAGCCUUUAAAUAUAAACUUGUCACCAGUGGUUCAAGUAAAAGAAGAAACUCCAAUGGACACAGAUGAACAUGAACAACAGAUGCCAGAACCUUUAAAUAUUGACUUACCAGACAAAUGUGUAACAAAGGAGUGGAUCUUUAAAAGCAUUAUACAAGGUCAAAUUCUCAAAGAUGUUCAUGCUGCCAUUGAAAUUAUUCAUGAUAAUGAUGAACAGUCUACUAUAGCAGAAUUCCAGGAAUUUGAACAAGAAAACCAUAUACAUAUGCAGACCUCUGGUUCCAGCUCGGGGAAAAGUUUGUUGAAAAGACAGAACUGUGUUUAUUGAGAUGCUGAAAUAGAUGACGAUAUCGAUGAUGAAGAAUUAGAAUCUUUUGACCAAGUUAACAGAUAUGACAGAUUGGAGACAAGCAAGUACCUUAGACUCCGAUCUUACAUAUUCAUUCUACUGCAGCAGGGUAGUGCAAACUUUAGAAGAUCUUAGAACAUUCCGACCACAAUUAUUCACACUACUGAUAAAAAACAAUGUAUCUAUUGUAAAGCUAUGAAAGUCAAAACUAAAUUGGGAUACCCAGUAUGUUCUUCACAUAAAUGCUCCAAAUGUGAUGUGCAAUUUCGUUCUAAAAAUAGAUCUUGUUUUGUUCCUACGUAUCAUUCUCAUUUGCUGGACCAGGAAGCGGCUUCAAACAUCCAGUUGGGACAACAAAACAUACAUUUACAUUGCAAUGCUUUAACUAUUUGAAAUACAGCUUGUCAUUUUGUAAAGGAUUAUUAUAGAAAAGUCAUCAGUUAUAUCUGUUGAAUUUGAUAGAGAUACUCUAUUAUUUGUGCUUAAAAUUGACAAAAAGGAAGCCUAAAAGCAUCAGCAGAGAAUGUUCUAGAAUAACAAUUGCAUGCUCAAUAAUCCAUCUUCACCCAAAUAUAAAUAUCUAACCAUAAGUGAUAACUUUGAAGAAGUGGUAAAGCAACUGAAAUGAUAAUGAUGAGGGGAAAGUAGUUUUCCAAGCUAUUUCAUGUCGAAUAAAGUAAAAGAUUACUAUUUUCCUUUUUA